AUGGUUGCCCUCACUCCCCAGACCUUCACCGGCAAAGUCGCCCUCGUCACCGGCGGUGGCCGUGGCAUUGGCGCCGGAAUCGCAACGGAGCUCGCCCAUCGAGGUGCCCAAGUCGCCAUCAACUACGCCCACAGCCGCGACUCUGCCCAGAAAGUGGUCGACACCAUCGCCGCAACAGGCGCACAAGCAGCCGCCUUCCAAGCGGACCUGACCAAGCUCGAGGAAAUCGAAAGCCUCUUUAAGCAGGUCACCGCUCAUUUCGGUCGUCUGGAUAUCGUCGUCUCCAACUCUGGCCGCGAGUCCUUCAUGCCGCUGCCCGAGACAACCCUUGAGGCCUUCAACGAUGUCUUCGACCUCAACACCCGCGCACAGUUCUUUGUCGCCAAGAACGCCUACGACUACAUUUCCCCUGGUGGCCGUGUGAUUCUCAUGUCGUCUAUCGCCGCCGGUGUGGGUGUCCCCGGACACGCACUGUAUGCAGGAAGCAAGGCGGCGGUUGAGGGAUUUACGCGCUGCUUUGCGGCAGACUUUGGAAAGAAGAAAUGCACAGUCAACACGAUUGCUCCUGCGGGGGUAAAAAGUGACAUGUGGUUGCAGAAUUCGUGGCGUUAUGCCCCUGGCUGCGACAAGGGGUCAUCGUUGGAUGAUAUCGAGACUGCCCUUGCUAAUGGAAGUCCGCUGAGCCGGUGUGGAGUACCGGAGGACAUUGGCCGCGUGGUUUGCCUGCUGGCCAGUCCUGAGGGUGAAUGGAUCAAUGGGCAAAUUAUUCCGGUUAAUGGUGGAGCGAACAUCUAA